AUGGCGGAUUCAUCAUCAACCUCAUUCAACAAUACCCAUCUUCAAGAUCCAAUACCCACCAAACCCCCAAAAAGUAAGUUCCCUUUCACACACUAUUUCUUCUCUAAAUCUCUCAUAAUCAUACUUGUUCUUCUUGUUUUCUCGUUUUUCCCUUCACAAGUUCCUGAAAUUUUCAAGAAAACCACCAUCGUCACCAUGCUCUGGGAGCUCUUUUACCUUUUAAUCAUCGGCAUUGCUGUUUGUUAUGGAUUAUUUAGCAGAAAAAUGGAAAGGGUUCAUAGUUCUGAUGAAUUAGCUCAUUCUGAUGCAAAAGAAACAUAUUUAUCUGGGAUUUCACAUAUUUCAUCGAUUUUCGAAGAUGGGAUUCAGACUUCUUAUGGGUUUGAUGAGAAAGGUCUGUUUGAGGGUUCAGGGUCAAGAUUAUCUGAAUUUGGGAAUGGGUUAGGAAAAUCUGAUGAGAAGAAGCUAAAUCAGUACUUUUUAGGGGAAUCCAUGGUUGUUAUUAAUGAUGAAAACUAUGUUCUUGAGCAAUUGAGUAAACCCAAAACAAUCAAACAGAAUAAGCCCUUGUGUUUGCCGGUGCGAAGCCUUGGAUCGAAAAGUUUGGAUUCUGCUGCUGGGAAAUCUAGUAAUGGAGAUGGGUGUAAUUCAGUCGUUAAAGAUUCUUCCAAUGGUGGGAAUGGGAAUGGGAAUGGGAAUGGGAAUCGGAAUGGAAUCAGAAAUCGAAAAUUUAGGGGUUUGGUGCCAAUCAAGUUAGAGGAGAAGUUCAAAGAAACUGAUUCUGAUUCUGGUUCUGGUUCUCCGACUCCAUUGAAUUGGCGUUCGAAAUCUAUGAGACUGGAGAAAAGGGGAGAUCUGUUUACUACUGAAGCAAAUGAAAGUUCAGAUUCUAGGCCUCUUUCUGUUGGGGAUCUUGAUUUCGAAGGGUUAAGAUCGAAAUCAAUGAGGUUUUCAAUGCCAACCCAAAUAAAGAACUCUUCAGAAAAACAAGAAUCAAAAGGUAUCGAGACUAAUCAUGUGUAUAGGCAGCCAUAUUUGAACAAUGAAACAUCAUUCAUUGAAUCCAAACCUCGAGAAUUUAGCAUUGGUACUUCUUCUGAGAAGAACACCCAUCUGAGUUCUAAAAAAAUCUUGAAACAUUUUGGUAACCGUGGAAGUUCUGAAGAAAUCUUGAAAGAUUCUGGUAACCAUGGAAGUUCUGAAGAUAUCUUGAAAGGUUUUAGCAUCCAUGGAAGUUAUAAAGAGAUCUUGAAAGAUUGUGGAAACCAUGGAAGUUAUAAAGGAACUGUGAAAGAUUAUGGUAACCAUGGAAGUUCUAAGGAAAUUCUGAAAGAUUUUGGGAAGAUUAAGGUUGAGGGUGACACACUCGAUUCAAACAAUAAAUCAUCAUUCUUCGAGUCAAAUAAGCAACAAUCUAGCAUUGGUUCGUCUUCUGAAACGAAUAUGGGGACCUAUGAGUAUGCAUUAGGAAAAGAAGAAAAAUCAGAUUCUUCGAAUUCGAGUCCAAAAGCUGUCAUUAUUGCCAAUACUUACAAAAGGGGUAAAUCAGUUAGAACAAACAGACCAAAAGAACAAGUUGCAGAAGCAAAAGUCAAAAUCUUCCCGAAUCAAACUGAAGAUAAAGCGGAAAAGGGAUCGAAACAGGGAAGCGAUGUGAACCUUGAUGACAUAGAGCCGCAUUCCGGUGAGGUUGAUAGGAAAGCUGAAGAAUUUAUAGCCAAAUUCAGAGAACAGAUUAGGCUUCAGCAAGUAGCAUCUGCUAGAAGAUUAAACCUUUAGCAGGCUGUUGGUUCGUAGAUUUGUUUUUGAAGGAAUGGAAUCUGCCACUAACGGUAUUGGAAUCCGGAAGAAAUUGGAAUGAAAUGUUAUAAGGUUUGAAGAAGUUGGAAUGCAAUAUGGCCAUUCAAACUCCCCGAUAUUAGGGUUCUAUUCUAUUUUUUGCUUUCUUAUAAUGUUAUAUGUGUGUUAGUUUCUCAUUUGUUGAUACUUUGCAAACCUAUUUAAGCCGUCGAUUUCAUUGA